GCCACGCGGCUGCUGUACUAGCGCGCGACCCGCGCGCGCGCUUCUUUCCCGGUACCGGCACUGGCGCUGCCGCUGUCGCUGGCUCUGGCCAUGGCUGCUGCUCCUCUGUUAUCCAGGUUGGCCACUCGGCUGCUCUGGCCCGCGCAGAACUGCCGCCUCCCUCAUCAACCCUUCCACCUCUCGGCAUUUCGAAAUGAAGCUGUUAUCAUUUCUGGAAGGAAACUUGCCCAGCAGAUCAAGCAGGAAGUGGGGCAGGAGGUGGAGCAGUGGGUGGCAUUGGGCAACAAACGGCCUCACCUCAGCGUGGUUCUGGUUGGUGAGAAUCCUGCAAGUCAUUCCUAUGUCCUCAAUAAAACGAGAGCAGCUGCAGAUGUAGGUAUUAACAGUGAGACAAUUGUGAAACCAGCUUCAAUUUCAGAGGAGGAGCUGUUGAAUUUAAUUAAUAAACUGAAUAACGAUGAUAAUGUAGAUGGCCUUCUUGUUCAGUUACCUCUUCCAGAGCACAUUGACGAGAGAAAGAUCUGCAAUGCUGUUUCUCCAGACAAGGAUGUUGAUGGCUUUCAUGUGAUUAAUGUAGGGCGGAUGUGUUUGGACCAGUAUUCUAUGUUACCAGCUACCCCAUGGGGAGUAUGGGAAAUAAUUAAACGAACUGGCAUUCCAACCUUAGGGAAGAAUGUAGUUGUGGCUGGAAGGUCAAAAAAUGUUGGAAUGCCCAUUGCAAUGUUACUACACACAGAUGGGGCACAUGAACGUCCUGGAGGUGAUGCAACUGUUACAAUAUCUCAUCGAUAUACUCCCAAAGAGCAGCUGAAGAAGCAUACAGUUCUUGCAGAUAUUGUCAUCUCUGCUGCAGGCAUUCCAAAUCUGAUCACAGCAGAUAUGAUCAAAGAAGGAGCUACUGUCAUUGACGUGGGAAUAAAUAGAGUUCAGGAUCCUGUAACUGGUAAACCCAAGUUAGUUGGAGAUGUGGAUUUUGAAGGAGUCAAGAAGAAAGCUGGUUAUAUCACUCCAGUUCCUGGGGGUGUUGGUCCCAUGACAGUGGCGAUGCUAAUGAAAAAUACCAUUAUUGCUGCAAAAAAAGUGUUGAGGCUUGAAGAGCGGGAAAUAUUGAAGUCUAAGGAGCUUGGUGUGGCAACUAAUUAACUGUACCUUCUGUAUCAUGAACAGCGCCCCAAGCCAGUUUAAGAAGCAAAACAGGUCUAUAGAAAUGCAAUAUUUUUUAAUUUAUUGUACUGAAAUAGUUUAAAAUGUUUUGUAUUUAUUGAAAGCUUAAGCAGGUAGGUGUUUGCACAGAACUCUAGUUCCUCACCAGAGAACACUCCAUUAUUAUACUGGGUUAUCUGAUGUGGCCAUGAGAUGCCAUUAACCUAGUGAUUUAACAUGGGGGACACUGUCACAUUGACAACAGAUGAUUAACUUUGUCAAGCUACUUCCGUUAUGAUUUGCCUUUUCUAGGAUUGCACUUCCCAAGUGCUAUUCCAGUAAGAGUUGAUACUCACUUUAGGUUCCAAACCUUUUUGAGUUCAACUGGCCAAACCAAAGGAAAAAUACAAAUAGGGAAAGGAUAAAAAUAAAACAAUGAUAAUGGAGUAGAACACAUUCAUCCUAAAAAAUAUAUAUAUAAUGAUAACAGAAGAAAAACUACAUGUUGAUAGUAUUGUAAUAUGUCCUUUUUGUGGUUUAGUUAUUAUGAAAGUACUUUGGGCUAUUUUGCUAUUCUAUGUAUCAUGGCAUUUAUGAGGUCUCCUCAUUUCAGUUUUGUAGGAUUACAGGCUGGUUUUAUAAGUUAUUCAUGUGUAUUGUCAUAUUUGGCUCUCUCUGUUUCUUCAGAGUUCAUUGUUAAAUUUUUGUACUGUUUGAGGUGUGUAUGGUUUCUUUGGUAUAUCUUGAGAUGCAUUUUUGAAGAACAAAACUAGGGCUUGUUAAUCAUUAGGGCAGCUGUGUAAGUAUGCAAUUUACUUUUCCACCAAAGAAUUGUCAGCAGCUGCCUGCUUUUUUCUGAUGCACCUGUUGGUUUCCCCUCAAUAUGAUGUUUUUGAGAACCUGAAUUAAUAUUAAACUUAAUCAGACUUUCUGGUUAAAGAUUUUUUUUAUUAUUAUUGUUUUGCCUUGUUUUUUUAAAAUAAAUAUUUUUGACAACUGUGGAA